UAUUCCUGAGUGCAGGGGCCAGGAGGACAACCUCCGAGCAUCGCCGGGUGGGACCCCAAAACAGAGUGUUGUACUGGGCACAAAAGCCCUCUUUGAAGGAUGGCAGAAGCAGUGCUGGUUGAUCUCUUUGGUUUGAAAGUGAGCUCUCAGGAAAACAACCAGCAGAUUUUAAUGAAGAUCUUGAAUGCCCUCAGACACCACCAUGAUACCAAAGCCAAAUUCUUUUGCAUUAUGUGUUGUGGUAACAGCAUCACCUAUGAAAGGGAUGGCUGUGCUGACAAUUGUCAAUUAGACACAAGCCAUGGAUCAUCAACUCUCUUGCGAGAAUUUGAGACAGUUAUCAAUCCCAGCAUGGCUGCCUCUUUAUAUACCAUCAAACAAAAAAUCGAUGAAAAAAAUCUGAGCAGCAUUAAGGUAAUUGUGCCCAUCCACCGGAAAAUGUUAAUGAAGGCCUUUAUUGACCAUCUCUUCACUGAUGUUUAUAGUUUUGAGUUUGAAGAUUUACAGAUGACUUUGAGUGGAGAUCUUUUGAAAGAUUCCACUGAAAAAACCCUGAUCACACCUCAAGAACUAGAAGCAAUCCAGAAUGAAAUACAAACAUAUUUGAGAAGUCUGCCUGCGCUGAAAGGAGAAUUAACCAUUAUUAAAUCUCCUUUGAUCUCAGAUAUUUUCAUACAUGGAUUUACUACAAGAACAGGUGGGAUAUCUUACAUACCAACACUCAGCUCCUGCAAUCUCUUCAGUAGUUCCAAGCGGAGAGAUCCCAAGGCAGUUGUGCAAGAAAACCUGCGUAGGUUGGGGAAUGCUGCAGGAUUUAAUGCAGAGAAUUUUUACCGAAUCAAGACUGAUCAUGCCAGUGACAUCUGGGUUAUGGGAAAAAAAGAGCCUGACUCUUAUGAUGGAAUCAUCACCAAUCAGAGAGGAGUCACAAUAGCGGCUCUUGGUGCUGACUGCAUACCAAUAGUUUUUGCAGAUUCUGUCAAAAAAGCAUGUGGAGUUGCUCACUCUGGUUGGAAAGGUACUUUGUUAGGUGUUGCUAUGGCCACAGUGAAUGCUCUGAUAACAGAAUAUGACUGUAGUUUAGAAGACAUUAUUGUAGUCCUGGGACCUUCAAUAGGACCAUGCUGUUUUACUCUCCCAAGGGAAUCAGCAGAGGAAUUUCAUAAUCUUCAUCCUGAAUGUGUACGCUUACUUGACUCACCAAAUCCAUAUGUAGAUAUUCGUAAAGCAACCAGGAUUCUUCUAGAACAGGGAGGAAUUCUUCCACAGAAUAUUCAAGACCGGUACCAAGAUCUCAGCCUCUGUACAUCCUGCCAUCCUGACAAGUUUUUCUCCCAUGUUCGAGAUGGCCUUAAUUUUGGUACACAAGUUGGUUUCAUAUCAAUUAGAGAAUGAGGUGGGUUCUCUCUACACUGCCCUAUUUCCUUCAUCCCUUUUUCCUCUUUUCAUCCUCCUUCUGACAUUCAAAAUAUAAUUAUAUUAAGUAGUCUCCUUGAAACCUAUAAAAAUUAUGCUUUAUAGUGAAACUAUAGUGAGAGUCAAGUUAAUAGUGAGAUUCUAGUAUAAAGAGUGGAGUAUCUAUCCUUUUUCUUAGUUAUCAGCAAAUACUUAGAAACAAAUUACAAACAAGUUACAGACAAAAAUACUUAGAAACAAGCAAAUACUUAGAAAAAUAUCUUCGGCCUCUUCGGCCGCUGCUCCAGAAGGAGGCCACGCCCCCCUUUGAGGCCACUCCCCCUUACAUGUGGACACGCCCCUUACAACCUGGUAGAGAUGGGAGGGGUCAGGCCCACCGCAGGGAGACUGAGAGGCGCGAGACAGACGGGGUCUGGGGUCUCCGGGGACCCAGGCCGUGGCCGCGGGGGGAUCCGAGCGCCAAGCAAAUACUUAGAAACAAAAUAAAAAAUAAUAAUCUUUUCUUUUAAACCACCCUCUAUACGCAAUUUAACCACCUAUAUAUUUAACAGCCAUACUUUUCAUAUUUAACAUCCUCAUUUAAAUCUUGUGAUUUUUGAGAAUUCUUUUUUGCAUAAUAACUCCUCAUAUAAAUUGAUUUGUUUUUAACUAGAUUGACAUAGGAGUUGGUCAGUUUCCUUAAGGUGCCAGAUAAUAAAUACUUAGUCUUUGAGGGGCAUACAGACUCAAUAGAUUUACCACUUCUAUUUUAGAGAAUAAGCAAAUAGGAAUACUAUAGAAAUGAAUGAAAAUAUGACUUUCAAUAAAAACUUUAUUUAGAAAAAUAUAGGGAGGUAGACAGAGUUAGCCCACAAGUACAUAUAGUUUGCCAACAUAUGUUCUAUAGUUAUACAGCAAGGUUGAAUAUAAUUUUAUUAGAUUACUUUUUAUUAUAUUUUAUUUUACUUUACAAAUAUAUUUUAUGCCAAUUAUUUAGCAUUGACCUGUUAUCAUACAUAUAUUUUUCCUUCAGGUUGCUUUUAGCUGAAUUAAUACUAUUUUAAACCUUCACAAAGUUUUUUACUCUGAAAUCUUAUGAUCCUUACUUUAAUUUUCUGCCAGCAAAGUUUUCAUAUUUGAUUUAUGUGCAUUUUUUUUACAGAUACUCCACUGAGCUUUUGCGUAACUUUAUUAUCUCCUUCCAAACUGGCCAAAAGAGAGCAAUGUAGCUGUCUGAUUUGCUUUGAAUAUCAUAGAGAUUACAGUGGAAUAAUCUGUGGCUAGGGAAUAUUUUAAUUAUCAUCCAAGACCAAAUGAUUGUCAUUUUAUUCUCAAAAACAAAACAAAAAAUAACAUGAACUUCAGUAUUAUAUAGCUUAUUUGUUAUAGAGGUGCAGAUGGUUCUUAAAGAUAUUUUUCUGUUUGUGACAUACAUGGGGAAUAGAUCUGUUCAGUUACUACAGACAUUGUGUGAAGCUAGGUGAUAUCAAAAUAAAUAAGGCAUUUUGUCUUGAGCCUGAUGCAGUGCCAACACUUUUAACACUUUAAUAGCAAUAAAAGUGAAAAAGAAGAAAAGAUUAAAUCAGUCUGGAAGUCAAGAUAGAUAAGUUAAUAUUUAUCACUUACAGAAAAAAUAAUUUUAUAAUGUCAAAGGCUACUAAGACUUUGACGAUGAAGAGGAAGCAAGAAAACCAGUAAGUAUAAAGUGGGAAACUGAAAGUGUAUGGCAUGUGCUAGAGGUUCCCUUUUUAAAACUUUGCAGAUUAGAAAGAUCAGUCAGCACACUUCUGGAAAUCUACCUUCUUUAAAAGAAGCAAAGUGCGCCCUGAUCGCACCAGCAGCAACUACUGUUACCAGCCACUGCCCCAUCCCAUUAUUCUAGAAUUCUCCCUGAGGGUGGGGUAAUCUCCCAUUUUGGGAAAUACUCCUCUAAAAAGAGAAGGGUGUGAGCUGGAGUUAAUGCAAAUACAGACUUGAAACAGAGUAAGUAAGGAUCUCAAAUGCCAUGUCCGGUACUUUGGAUUUAUUUGCCAGGCAAAGUAGGCAUGAAAGCAGGGGAGUGUUUUUAUUUUCGUGGCAUAAUAUUUAACAGGAUGAGUUGAAAUUGUGUGAGACCAAAGUAGAAAUGUGAGUUAAGAAAUCAUCAAAUUAAGUUUUUUAAAGUAAAUUACCUGGGUAAAGGGAAAAAAAAAGAAGUUCAACUGGAGAGCAGAUAGACAUUUAUAGAGAUGGAAUCAAUAGAUUUCAUUCACAUUAGAGAUGAGAAGUGACAAAAAUGGAGAAAUCAUCAGUGAUGGCAAGAAUCCUGCUUGGCUGACCACUGAGUUGCAACAAAGGGAAGAAGGGUUGGGGACAAGGGAGAAAGCUCUAUGAUUUAACUACAGACCUUGUUGAUAACAAGCUUUGAUCAAGAAUUCAAAACAUGGACCUUGGAGAAAGCCAGUAAAAAGAUACUAAAUUUCAUUUUUUUCUUAUGUUUUGGGUUUACAGCCGGUGAUGCUCAGGGCUAAGGAGUUACUCCUGACUAUCUGCCAGGAAUUACUACUGGCAGUGCUUUUGGGACAAUAUGGCAUGCCAGGAAACAAACCCAGUUCAGCCUCAUGUAAGACAAGGGCCCUACUCACUGUACUAUCUUUCUGGCUCCAAGAAACACAGAAGAGUUAGAAGUUGGCUAUGUAAAAGGAAUGCCACAUCUCCCGGAGUAGACUGCAUCAUCUAGGCAGAAACCCGAGGUUAGAAAAGUGGAUCUCCAAUGACACAACCUUAUAUAGUGCCUGCACUUGAAUAAGAAGUUGAAUCAAUAAAAUGACUAAUCAUAGAGGUUAAAAUAAAGUAUAAUUAUUUUGAAGAAAGAAGCCAGUAUACAUGUGAGAGGUACCAAAGGAGAGCUUUGAGAAUAGAAAGAAGGUUAAGAAGAAACUUUAGGGACUGGAGCCAUAGUACAGCGGGCAGGGCAUUUGCCUUGCACGUGGCCAACUCGGGUUUGAUCUUCAGUAUCCCAUACGGUCACCCAAGCUCACCAGGAGCAAUUUCUGAGUGAAAAGCCAGGAGUAACCCCUGAGCAUCGCUAGGUAUGAUCCCAAAAAGAAAAAAAAAAAACAAAGAAGAAGAAACUGAAGGAUCUAGUAUAGUGAAACCUUGUGGGUGGAAAUCAGAUUUUAGUGCAUCGAGAAAGAUGAAUCAAAGGCAUAGACUUUAAAGUACAGGGACCAUAUCUUUAAAAGAAUAGAGUUUUGUUUUGAAUGACUAGUCUUAAAUUUACUUGUAGGCUGAAUUGAGGAGUUGAGCUAUUUUUCUUAUUUCUAUGGAAUCUUUAAAAGAUUUAUUCAGAUACGUUUGUCCUACAUGAUUGUAAGUACAAAAAUACAAAAUUAUAUUUGUUAUUUACAAAGGACCUUCGUGUCAGUUAACUCACUUUACUUUACUGCUACUCUGAAAUGUAUAGAUUAGGUGUUAAGUCCUUUCAUUCAGAUGAAAAAUUUGUGAAACCCAGGUGGAGGUUAAAAUUCACAUCGCUUUGUGACUACUUGACCUACAAUGGUCAAGUAGGUUUUGAACUUAUAUCUUGUGGAUCCAACUCUCAUUUCAGAUUUUGCAGUUAGCCAAACAUAAAUAGACUUGUUUUUAAACUUUUUCUUAGUAGCAGUUAUUUAUACAUUUUGUUAAUUAUGUGUUAAGAUUAGAGAAAAUAGAUGGGACCAGAGAUAUAGAACAGGUAGGGCACCCACCUUGCAAGUAACUGACCAUGAUUCUGUCUGCAGCACUAUGUAUGAUCCUCCAAACACUUGCAGGUGUGGGCAAAUGAUUUUUAUUUUUCAGCGGACUCAAGCUUAAUGUCCAAUGAGAGGCAUUAAUCUGUAAACUAGCAGUAUCAAUAUUGUGAUAGGUUUUGCAAUGUUGUAAUAUCUUGAUACCUUAUCCAGUUUCCAUUCAGCAUGUAACAAUGUAAAUUUUUAAUAAAAUACCUCAUUUCUUUCAGUUUAGGAAAAGCUUUAAUGUAUAGCUUAUAGCAAUUUCAAAUACAUACACUCUUAUUUAAUGAUUUCUACAAAAAUCAUGGAAUGAUUUUACUCAGUGGAAAGUUGAUAAAUUCCCAUCUUUUUACUGUGUAGUCUGUUCAUGUUUAUAAAUUUCCAGUGUACUAAGAAGCCACUUUUCACUUUAUGUAUCAUAAUACCUCAAAAUCAAAUAAAAACUACAUUUGAUUAUCUGAUUUUAGACUAUUUGUUCCAGAAUAUGUAACAAAAUGUUGUUUCUUGCUGUUUUACUGAGAAAAGAAUUGAGGUAAUGACUUUGAAACAGAAUGAGUGCAUUGUUUAAUAAUCAUGUAUUAUUAUCUCCACAAUGUCGGUUUCUCGAGCGUUGUUUUAUAUAGGUCUUUUUAAAAUUGGGGGUGUAACCACAAUGAUGAAAUAUUUGAAAUUUAUUAAGAAAGGAAUUAAGGAGGCUGGACAUACAGUAUGACAGGUAGAGCACUUGCCCUGCAUGUAGUCAACCUGAGUUGAUCCCAGCAUGCUAUAAGGUCCCCUAAUCACAGAAUGAUUCCUGAGCCAGAGCCAGGAGUAAGCCUUGGGCCAGGUGUGCCCUCCUCAUAAAAGA